GAAAAUUGUAAACUUGUAUACUUAUAAAAUAGUUAGCAAAUAUUCUAUAUUUAUCAAAUGAGAAGACAAAAACAAAAAGUUCUUUUCAAUUUCUAGAUAUAUAAGUUAUAUUUAUCUACAAAAAUAUAAUAAAUAGAAUUGUUAAUUCGCGCAAAAAAAAAAAGAUAUUUUGAUAUGGUGUAAAAAAAACUGAAUAUUAUGGAAAACUUGGAAUUAGUCCAGGAUAGUGGAGGUUCCUGGAAAUGGAAUUGGACUGAAUUAUGUGGUUAUCAAGGAAGUAUAAGGCCAUUAAAUCCUGAAACUCAUAAUAUUGGAUUAUGCUUUCAACAAUUAUAUUUACAGAUUCCAGUUUUGGUGUUAAUUGCAAUAACAUCAGCUUAUUAUUGCGGUCGUCAAAGUUAUUCAAUUUCACGUGAAUAUUUUUCAACGAAAUCAAUAAAUUUUCGUCUUCUUUUAAUUUUUUGUUUGGGUAUUCUUCCAAUAAUAAAAGCCUAUAUUAUUCUUUCAAAUACAACACUAUCGGUGAAUCUCGAUUUGAAAACAGGAAAUAAUUUAUUUCAAAUUACAACAACGACUACAACAACACCAAUUCCAAUAUUUUCAAAUUGGAUGAAAAAAAUAGAAGGACAAUUAAAUGAUACUCAAAGUGUAAUAAAUUUAUUUUUAUUAUCGGAAAAACAUGGAAAUGUGUUAAAAAAAAAUGAAAAUAAAAUUUAUGAUGAAAAUUUAUUAAAAUUAGAUGAUAAAGCAACAUCGGCAAAACCAGUUGAUUAUUUAGUUGCUGGUACAGAAGGAUUGGCAUGGAUUGUACAUUUUUGUUUUACUUUAAGUUUGAGAAAAAGUAUUAUGACAAAUCCACGUGGUCCAAUAUUUAUGCGUGUUUUAAUUAUAUUAUUACUUGGAAUAUCGGCAUUAUUUUUAAAGAAUCAUAUUGAUCAAAUACCACAAGAUGAUGUUUUACCAAAUCUUUCAUUAGGAUUUAGUAUAACAAAUGUUGUUCUAUUGAUUCUUUAUAUUUUCACAUUGAUUCCUGAUCGUCGAGAAAAUUCACGAAGAAGAACAUCAAGAUUUGCCGAUACAGGAGAACGUACUUCAUUAAUUAAUAGUCCAGGUUCGUCAUAUAUUCGUUUUGUUGAGGAAAAUGAUCCAAGUUAUCUUGGAGUUGCAAUGGAAAGUGUUCCAUUUACUUCAAAACUUCUUUUUCAUUGGGUUACACCAUUAAUGUCAAAAGGUGUGAAAGGACUUUUAAAUCAAUCGGAUGAUCUUUAUGAUUUGCCGGAUAGCAUUUCAUCAACGACAAUCAGCAACGAUAUUGAUAAACGAUUAAAAGAAAUUCCGUUGAAUAAACAGGGAAAUUCACAAAGUGAAACAAAUGUUGAAUUUAUCAAAACGAGUAAAAUUUCUCUACUUCGUAUUUUACAUUCUAAUUUUGGUUUUCAAUUUUAUGCCAUUGGUUUAUUGAAAUUAAUCGCUGAUUGCGCGGGAUUUGCCGGUCCAAUUAUUUUAAAUAAACUUCUUGGUUUUAUUGAAAAUAAAAAUGAACCAAUACAACAUGGAUAUUUUUAUGCUUCGCUUAUGUUUCUUAUUACUUUAAUAGGAACUUUUUGCAAUGUACAUUUCAAUUUUUGGCUAUCGAUUAUAACAUUAAAAAUGCGAAGUGCAAUAAUUACUCUUGUUUAUCGAAAAACAUUACAUACAUCGGCUUCUGUUUUAAAUGAGAAUUUUUCCUCUGGUGAAAUUGUUAAUUUUAUGAGUUUAGACAGCGAUAGGAUAAUGAAUUUUUGUCCUUCUUUUCAUGCAUUAUGGAGUGUUCCAAUACAGUUGUCAGUAAUUUUUUAUUUUCUUCACAAUCAAAUUGGAAUUUCAUUCUUAGUAGGUGUUGCAGUUUCAAUUGUCAUGAUUCCAAUAAAUAAAUAUAUUGCAAAUAAAAUGGGUCGUUUGAGUACAAAAAUGAUGUCAUUUAAGGAUCAACGAGUAAGAAUUAUUGCCGAAACACUUAGAGGUAUUACGACAAUAAAAUUAAAUGUUUGGGAAGAUCAUUUUAUGCGAAACAUAAUGAAAUUACGAGAGAAGGAGGUAAAAUAUUUAUCGGGAAGAAAAUAUUUAGAUGCAUUGUGUGUUUAUUUUUGGGCGGCAACUCAAGUUUUUAUUUCUGUAUUUACUUUUAUAACUUAUGUUUUACUUGGCAAUGAAUUGGAUGCAAAAACAGUUUUUACCACAAUGGCAUUAAUGAAUAUGUUAAUUACUCCAUUAAAUAUGUAUCCAUGGGUUUUCAUUGGACUCACGGAAUCAUGGGUUUCCAUUAAGAGAAUUCAACGACUACUUGAUUUACCUGAGGCAGAUAUUGCGAGUUUUUAUUCGGAUCCACCAAUUGGAGUUGAUGUUAUGGUGAAAAAUACAACAUUCAGUACACGAAGUGAUUUAAAAAAUGAAAAUUCCCCAUCAACAUCGCGUGGCGAAGAAACUGAAAGACUCGUUAGAUUUGAAGAUGAGAAAAAGCAAAUUUUCAGUUUAUCUAAUUUAGAAUUCAUUGCUGAAAAGGGCCAAUUAAUAGGUAUAAUGGGACGUGUUGGUUGUGGAAAAUCUCUUCUAUUGGAUGGAAUUUUAGGUGAAAUUACAAAAGAAGAGGGAAUAGUGGCUGUAAAUAAUUUAGAAAAAGGUUUUGGAUUCGUUAAACAAAUUCCUUGGAUUCAACGUGGAACAAUUCGUGAAAAUAUUUUAUUUGGAAAACCAUAUGAUCACAACAAAUACAAAUCGAUAAUAAGAGCUUGUGCAUUGACUGAUGAUUUAAAUACAUUUCCAAAGAAGGAUUUAAGCGGUGUUGGUGAAGCGGGAAUGACAUUAAGUGGUGGACAAAAAACACGAAUAACUCUUGCACGUGCAAUUUAUGCCGAUAAAGAUAUUUAUUUAUUGGAUGAUAUUUUAGCGACAUUGGAUAUGCGUGUGGCUAAACAUAUUUUUAAUAAUGUCAUUCUUGGAUUAUUAAAAAAUAAAACGAGAAUAAUGUGCACGCAUCAGACACAAUAUUUGAUACAUGCUGAUACUGUUGUUGAGGUGUCAAAGGGAAAAAUUUUAAAACAAGGAAAACCAAGUGAAAUACUUGCCGAUUUAGAUGAAUUUUUAUUGUCAACUGAAUCAAUGGAAAUUGAUUUAAAUUCAAUUACGGGAAAAAAAAGAAAAAUAAUUCCUAAAGAAUUAGAUGAAUUGAAUGAUGGUGAUAGAGAUUCUUUACUUGAAGAUGAAACACUUGAAAAGGGAACAUUACAAUUUAGUGUUUAUGAAUCUUAUUUUAAAGCUAUUGGACAUUAUUUUGUUAUUGCAAUAUUUUUAGCAAUGUUUUUAAUGCAAUCAUCGAGAAAUGUUACCGAUUUAUGGUUAUCAUUUUGGGUAACUCAUAAUAAUGAUACAAAUGGAAAUUCAACAAAUUCAAGUAAUACAAAAUUAAUCGAAUAUUUAACAAAUGGAGAAAAUACAAAUGUUAAAUAUUAUUUAACAAUUUAUGCUGCACUCGCGAUAUUGAAUUCAUUUUUUACAUUAGUGAGAGCAUUUUUGUUUGCUUAUGGUGGAUUGAAAGCUGCAAUUUAUAUACAAAAACAAUUGCUCAAAGUUGUUGUAAUGGCAAAGUCUACAUUUUUUGAUAUUCAACCACAUGGGAGGAUUAUUAAUAGAUUUUCGUCUGAUACAUAUACAGUUGAUGAUUCACUUCCUUUUAUUUCAAAUAUUUUAUUUGCACAAUUUUUUGGUUUAAUGGGAAUUGUGAUUGUUACACUUUAUGGAUUGCCUUGGAUAUUUUUAGUUUUGGCGCCAUUGGUUCCAAUUUAUAAUUGGCUUCAAAAUCAUUACAGAUUAACGUCAAGGGAAUUGAAGAGAUUGUCAAGUUCAACACUCUCGCCAUUGUAUGCACAUUUCAAUGAGACACUACAAGGAUUGAGUACAAUACGCGCCUUUAGGGCUGUAUCGCGAUUUAAAUUUGAAAAUGAACAUUUUUUGGAAAAUAGUCAAAAGGCAAUUUUUGCCUCAACUGCAGCUGGACAAUGGUUGGCAUUGAGAUUACAAUUUAUUGGCGUUGCAUUAUUGGGAGGUGUUUGUGUAAUGGCAGUUAUUCAACAUCAAUAUGAUAUUGCUGAUCCUGGAUUAAUUGGAUUGGCCGUUACUUAUAUGCUUUCUGUUUCAUCACUACUCUCAGGACUUGUUAAUGCAUUCACUGAAACUGAACGCGAAAUGAUUGCCGUUGAACGUAUUAAUCAAUAUCUUGAUAAUAUUUCAGUGGAAACAAUUAAUGGGGAAAAUCCACCUUAUGCUUGGCCAACUCAAGGUGUUGUUGAAUUUAGAAAUGUUGUUCUCAAAUAUCGGGAACAUUUGGUGCCUUCGUUGAAAGGAGUAUCGUUUUCAACAAGACCGGCGGAGAAAAUUGGAAUUGUCGGUCGAACCGGUGCUGGGAAAAGUUCAAUUUUAUCGUCACUUUUUCGAUUGGUGGAAAUUAGUUCAGGCGAGAUUUCAAUUGACAAUGUUAAUGUUCAAAAUUUAAAACUCAAUUCCUUGAGAUCGCGUUUAUCGAUAAUUCCACAAAAUCCAUUUUUAUUCUCGGGAACGAUAAGAGAAAAUAUCGAUCCUCUUAAUCAGUAUCCAGAUUCUCAAUUGUGUCGAGCACUUGAGAAAUGUAAACUUCUUACUUUAGUUGGACGUUUAGGAGGUUUGGGUGCUACAUUAGAUGAAGGUGGAAAAAAUCUCAGCGCUGGACAGAGACAACUUUUUUGUUUAGUUAGAGCUGUCUUGCAUAAUGCUAGGAUAUUAUGCAUUGACGAGGCAACUUCUAAUGUUGAUCAUGAGACUGAUAAGGCAAUUCAAGCGACAAUUAAAUCUUCAUUUCGAAGCGCAACUGUUAUUACAAUUGCACAUAGAAUCAGAACAAUAAUGCACUGUGAUAGAGUCCUGGUUAUGGGUGAUGGAGAGGUGCUAGAAUUUGAGGAACCAAAUAUACUACUUCAGAAUACAAAUUCCCAUUUCUACGAUUUGGCUAGUCAGGAAUUUGCCGAUAGAGAAUAAUAUUUUUUUUUCUAUCCCCCCUUCCCCUGAAAUAGAAUGUAAGUUGUUCAUUUUUUUUUCUUUUUUUUUUUGAUUUUGUGCAUCAUUGUACUGAUUGCAGGACCUUCAGUAAAUUUAAAUUGUAAUUUAUUUUUUCUUUUUUCUCUAUGAUAAAUGGUACAAAAAAACUCAUCGCCUUUUGAUCAUAGAGAUUUUUGUCUUUCUAUGACUGCGAAAUAUUUUAUAUGUAUUUUAUUAAGAAAAAAAAUAUAUAUAUAUACAGUUCGAUACAAAAAAUGUUUCUUAGCUAAAAAAAAAAAAAGACAAAUCGUAAUUAAAUCAUAAUUCCCUGAAUUAUUUUCUGAGGGUGGAAAAAGUGUCUUUUCUAAUUGCCAUGAAAAAAAAUUGUUGCAAAUAAUAUACUGAAGGGGGAAAAUGAAAGCUAAUGAGCUGUAAUGUAGACUAAUUUGUAUCAAGCACUUUUUAAUUGCUCGUCGUUUAGAUAAGGCAUGAUGUGAAAUGUUUUCCGUUUUACAGUGUGACUCGCGAGAGGAGAAUGAGAAAGUUAUAAGCGAAGAUGGGAAUGAGAAGAGGAGAGAAAAGGUCCGCAGAGAGAGAAAAA